AUGCCCACUCCUGAGAAUGCCCCUCCUCGGGACCCUUCCUCAGAGGGCUCUGACCAAUGUAGGUUGAACCUCCGUGUCACUGGUGCCUCAGGCGUCGGUUGGGACGAUUCAGAUCGGCUAUUAGAUUCCCCUGGAGACCUUCGCCCUCCGUCACCCGAAGACGACCAUGCGGACCAAGACUCUCUUGGAGGCAGUGACGAGGAGAGGAAGUCUGCUUUCUACGACUAUAAACAGGAAAAGGCUCUGAAGCAAACAGACGCAAAGAUGUUUUACCAGCAGCAGCAACAAGCAAAUAGUGGUUGGAACUCUCCUAUAAUGCGUGCUUCUACGGGGAACUGGGCAGGCCCUGGCGGUAGUGGUGGUAUUGGGAACCCGAGCAGAGCGGGGAGUGUUAGGUCUUUUACAUCCUCUCACCAGCUGCCCCUCCAUCACCACCCCCACCACCAGUAUUUAGGAUCAGCUGCAGGAGGCUCUACUUUAGGUAUCGCUGGAUCAAGAAGCCUUGCGAACGCUACACCUGCACCUCUGGGAAUGGUUUCACUCGAGCAACCUAAAGAGCACGAAGGCAUACAAGCACCUGAUAUGGCCCGCUUUGAUCCCCAUGGUGUCGUUGCCAGUGCUGCUAGGCAGAGUGGAGACUCUAUUAGCCCCCAUGGAGAAAUACUUCCCCAGUCACAGGGGGGAUAUAUAGAUAGGGAUCCUGCACUUUCAGCAGAGCUUUCGACCAUCUACACCAAUGUCCAGAAGAUCUUGGAUAUACGCCAUAAAUAUUUGCGUGUAUCGCUGCAGGGGCAUGCUGAUAACCCUAAGGACGACCCCAGCUGGAAGAUUUAUCCACCCCCUCCACCACCUGUCUGGAAAGAAGAAGCAAACGCGACAGCUCAGAAGGAGGCCCGGAAGCCGGGACAAAAUAUUGGGGGGGAUUUUAUCUUCGAGGAAUGUGAAAUCCCCGGGGAGGAUGAAAUGGAAUUUAGGAAAGAUGGUCAUGGUGUAUUCCAGGUGUAUGAGAACAAAAAAGCUCUGGAUGCCGGUAUGCCUGUCGUGGCUAUUCCCACACUUCGGGAGUAUUAUAUCGAUUUGGACAAGGUUCUUGAUAUUUCGAGCGAUGGCCCAAGCAAGAGCUUCGCGUUUAGACGUCUGCAAUAUCUUGAGGGCAAGUGGAACUUGUACACUCUACUGAAUGAGCACCAGGAAAUGGCAGACUCUAAGAGGGUACCUCAUAGAGAUUUUUACAAUGUGAGGAAAGUUGAUACGCACGUUCACCACUCCGCUUGUAUGAAUCAGAAACAUCUCCUGCGGUUUAUAAAGCACAAGAUUAGGAGAUGCCCGGAUGAAAAGGUCCUCUUUAGGGACGGGAAACAUCUUACAUUGACUGAGGUGUUCGCCAGUAUCAAUUUGACUGCAUAUGACCUCAGUAUCGACACCUUGGAUAUGCACGCCCACACCGACUCGUUCCAUCGCUUCGAUAAAUUCAAUCUCAAAUACAAUCCAGUGGGAGAAUCUCGCUUGAGAACUAUUUUCCUUAAGACGGACAAUGAUAUCAAAGGCCGCUAUCUCGCUGAGAUUACUAAGGAGGUAUUUCAGGAUCUCGAGGCAAGCAAAUAUCAAAUGGCCGAAUAUCGCAUUUCUAUAUAUGGACGUGCAGAAGACGAAUGGGAUAAGCUGGCAGCAUGGGUGGUGGACAACAAACUAUUCUCACAUAAUGCUCGCUGGCUGAUUCAGGUUCCACGCCUCUAUAAUGUCUACAAGUCUACCGGUCUUAUCAAUUCCUUUGAUGAGGUAGUUCGCAACAUCUUCAAGCCGCUUUUUGAAGUAACAAAGGACCCUUCAUCGCACCCCAAGCUUCACGUCUUCUUGCAGAGAGUGGUCGGCUUUGAUAGUGUGGAUGAUGAGAGUAAGGCUGAGCGAAGGACCUUCAGGAAAUUCCCAUCUCCACCGGAAUGGACUGUUAAGUCUAACCCACCAUACAGCUAUUGGAUUUAUUACCUGUUUGCGAACACGGCAUCCUUGAAUGUCUGGAGAAAACAGCGUGGGUUCAACACAUUUGUCGUGCGUCCGCACUGUGGUGAGGCGGGAGAUACGGACCAUCUAGCGGCUGCAGUGCUUUGCUGUCACUCAAUUAGUCAUGGUAUCCUACUUCGUAAAGUUCCUCUUUUGCAAUAUAUCUUCUAUCUUGAUCAGAUAGGAAUUGCAAUGUCUCCGCUCUCGAACAAUGCGCUCUUCCUUGCAUACGACAAGAAUCCUUUCCUAUCAUACUUUAAGCGAGGAUUAAACGUCUCACUCUCUACGGAUGAUCCACUACAAUUUGCAUUCACUAAGGAGCCUCUCAUUGAGGAGUACUCUGUUGCAGCACAGAUCUAUAAACUUAGCGCCGUGGACAUGUGCGAGUUGGCUAAGAACAGCGUCCUUCAAUCUGGGUUCGAGGGAGCCAUCAAAGCGCGAUGGCUUGGAAACGAUUACCAUGUGCCGGGGCCUGAAGGGAAUAACAUGGACAAAUCCAACGUCCCCAACAUUAGAAUGGCUUUCCGACACCAAACGUUGCACGAAGAGCUAAGAAUGCUCGGGCGCUAUACAUCCGCCCAGGCUAUGGCUAAUGCCGCUGGUCCCCAGGGUGCUGGGUUGGCCGGUAGGCUCACACUUCCGGGGUCACCAUUCCCAGGCUUCCGUCCUCCCUCGCCAACAACGAGUAUGCAAACAAACCCUACUUCAGUUCAGGAGCCUCCUUCGCCCCAAGGUGAUCUCCCAUUGCCAAUCCAAUUUCCGACGUCCCCAGGUUCUUCCAAACUCCUUGCAUCUGUUCACAUCCACGAUUUACAAGGCCAGACUGCUUCCCCAAACCCUCCCGGAACGGAGUCUCGUGACGGCUACCCAAGCUUCCCCGUUCCGGCUAGGGCCAAUACCACUGGCACUGCCGCACUAUUGAGGCAUCAUACUAGCGGUAGUUCAGGAAGCCCCAGUGGCUAUGGGGACUACCACAUCAGUGGCUCAGAGCCCAGGGUCUGGCCAGGUGUCAUAAGCCGGCGACAGGCAAGCAUUUCUGAGAAGGACUGUACGAAUAAGGGGGUCGAAAAUGAGGCAAAGGGCAGCAAUAACGGGAGCGUUGCUGGUGGUUAAGCUUCUCUGAGUUGGGCUCAAACGGUGUUUCUCUUACAAUGUCCCCUAGUUAUUAUCGUGAGCGUUGGCGUUGGCUUCUGUGGUAGAGAUAAUUGGAUACCCUGCUGUUUGUGAUUGGUCUGGCUCUCAUAGGUGAUUGUUUGAAAUAGAAAAACUACAUGUUGCAGUGACUA